AUGAUGACAUUCAUCGAUGACAGCUCUGAGACAAAGUCCUCAACUAAAGGCGCAGAGAAAGAACCCAGUGAUUUACAAUGGCUUCAGCAGACAGAGCACCACAGGCCAGACAAAUCUGUUCCUUUUUGCAAAUUGUUUCUGGACAACUGGCUGUACGUAGUCACCUACUGCGGUGUGUUUGGCAGUUUUGGAGUCUGUGUUGGCUUUCUAGGACCAACAGUGUUCGACUUGGGUUGUCAGACCAACACAGAUCUAAAGAAGAUGAACUGGGUGUUCUUCGUUCAGUUAAUUAUGACCCUUGUUGGAUCCAUCUCAGCCGGAUGCCUUGUAGUCAGAGUUCCAGUACACUUGCUAAUGUUGAGUGGAGCCUUGGGUGUGUCUCUGUGCAUGUUCUUCAUCCCCGCCUGCUCCAGCCUGGCCUCGCUGAUCCUGGUUUUGAUCAUCAUGGGCUGGUGUAUGGGGUGUCUGGACUGUCUGACCAACUUGAGGAUGAUUCAGAUGUUUGGUAACAACGUUGGACCAUUCCUACAGGCUAUGCAUUGUCUCUACGGUGUUGGCGCAUUUGUUAGCCCCAUGAUCGCAUCUGCAUUUCUGCUGAACACCGACUGUACGCCGUACAUUGACGGCUUCACCAUUGAAACACACCCACGAAACGGUACAGGCCCCAACGGUACAAGGGCGGAGCCAGCCACAGUUAACACAUACAUUCCGCCUCAGCCUCACCGCGUCUUCAGAUACCGUCAUAUGAGCAGAUUACCAAGUGCUUUCUAUAUCCUUGGUGCAAUACAGCUCUUUUUCGCUGGUCUGGUCGUUUACGUCAUUUUUCAAGAAAAAAUCGGAAAACUGAAGCCUAACGUUGGUGCUAGUGGUCACCAUGACAACAGCCACGCCGAGUCGUCAACAUCUUGUAC